AAUAGUGUCAUUUGAGAGCUGGAUUGGUCCUCGACAGAUGAGUCGAGAAUCGGUUGUCUGCUGAACAAGACGUGGGGAUUUCCAUUUUCCACUUUUAGUUUCUGGUGUUUAUGCCGGUUCAGUGCUAAAACAAUGGAUGACCAGGGGUGUCCGAGAUGUAAAACGACAAACAGAAAUCCAUCGCUGGUAUUGAUGGUAAAUGUGUGCGGAUGUGAAAAUUGUGUGGAUCUACUAUUUUUGCGAGGGACUGGAGCAUGUCCAGUAUGCAACACACCUCUCCGAAGAAAUGAUUUUCGUGUACAGCAGUUUGAGGAUUCUGCAGUGGAGAAGGAAAUAGACAUCAGACGGAAGAUUCUCAGAGAUUUCAAUAAGAAAGAAGAGGACUUCGCUAGUGAGAGAGAAUAUGAUGAUUAUUUAGAAAUGAUAGAAAAUAUCAUUUACAAUUUAAAUAAUAACAUUGAUGUGGAGGCCACAAAGAGAAUGGUAGAACAGUACAAGAAGGAGAACAAAAAGCAAAUAGCCCAGAAUAGACCCAAAAUGAGUAAAGAUGAUGAACUGUUAGAAAUGUUGAUUGAGGAAGAGAAGCAGUUAGCCAACAUGAGAUAUGAGGAGACGAAGCAGGAGGCCAUCCAGGAGAGGCAGAUGAAGAAGAAGAACAAGGAAGCUCUGAUAGAUGAAUUGAUGUUCUCUGAGAGUUCGGCCUCCUCUAUUCUGGAUCGUCACAAGGCAGAACUAGACCGGCAGGCAGAAACAAAGGCUGCGGCAGCCACAAAAAAAGCAGCUACCAAGUUCUCUACAGGAAUUUCAUUUUUUUCACAGUCCUCUGGUGGAGACUUCAUUCAACCUAAGAGAGAGGAGGCCCCACUGUUCUCACACACACCUGUGGACUUUGAAAUACUGGGACCAAGACUACCUGAAGAGGACGAACUGGAAACCAUGGGGUACUUGUCAAAUAUUCGCAAGGCUACGGGCUCUGACAUGGGUGGUGGCUAUGAGGCCCGGUAUGCCUGUGGUAGGGCACUGCAAGAUGCUUUGUCUGGACUGUUCUUCAUGUUGGACAAGUCACAGAAACCAGGCCCAUCAGGAGACACAACUGUGCCUGGCACGGGGUAAUUGUGGUCUGCAGACAAGCUCCAAGUGCAUCAGAAGAUACAGUUGUGGACGCAGACAAGCUCCAAGUGCAUCAGCAGAUGCAGUUGUGGAUGCAGACAAGCUCCAAGUGCAUCAGGAGACGCAGUUGUGUCUGCAGACGAGCUCCAGGUGCAUCAGGAGACACAGUUGUGGCCACUGACAGGCUCCAAAUCCAUCAGGAGACACAACUGUGUCUACAAACUCUUCGGAUAACUCUGCCGAUGAGUUGUUCUUUAACCUACAGGUCUGGGAAGAGAGCACAGGUGUAGUAAUCACAUCUUUGUCCAGCUUAAACACAACUAUUGUUCAAACUCAUUAUCCAGGGUUAAGCCCAAGAACAUUGAUCUUUUUAAAAUUUGUGACAGGAUCCAAUCACAUGGGAGAACUGUACAAUGCCACCCAAAGCUGAACUGUGUGGAGUUUCUCUCCAGUUAGAAGGCAUGAUGCCGCAUCGUACUUUGUUAUCAAUGAUGGAUAUUGCCAUCACCAUUGCAUUGUCACAAGUUAAGACCUUGUCAACACAACAUUGCCAACAAGUGACAAAUGUCUACAUGCAUAGAUGGAUCUUCUCAAAUGAUAUGGAGAGAACCUGGGCCCAGUUUCACAAAGAAGUAUGCGAUAUUUAUUUAUCGUACAUUUGUUGUACGAUAUUUUGUACGUCACUGUAAACAUACCAUUGUCUUAUAUGUGCGAUAUCGUACAAAUGCGACAUCUUUGUGAAAGUGGCCCCUGGUGAAAGGUUCCUCUAGGUCCCAUGCUGUGUGCUGUUUUGUCUGCUAUAUUGUUGCUGUAUUGCUGUACUGUUUUUGUACAUGUAUGUUUUGCAGUUUGUGUAUUGUUCAGUUUGCUAUUUUGCUACUUCAGUACAGCUUUACUGUUUCCAGGAUGAUUUUCCGUUUCUGUAUUCUUUCUGUAUCUGUUAUAUUUCACAGUUCUAUAGUGCACAUGUCUUGCACUAUCACACUUCAUUUGGAGAAUAAUACAUACCUCAGCUUGAGACUGAGGCGUUACCAUACACACACAGUGUAUUCAUGAAGGUGCAUAUUUAAUGCAGGUGCGUGUUUCGUGUGAUCCUUCCGUAGAUAAUAUAUAUACCAAAUUCAGAUCGUCCUUCAUGUGUAUUAAAAAAGGAUACCAGCUUUGCUUACUUAUCAACAAAUAGAAGGUAUAUAUGUCAUUCCUGUCACCAGUAUAGCAUUUAUUUGAAUCAGUCUUUUUGAUCAUUAACCAAAUAAUGUGUAAAAACCAUUUCUGUCACUAAAAGUUCUUAAUUUAACCACAUUAGCCACAUUUGAACUACAUGUGUUUGGAGAACAUUUUCCACUGUCUGUGAUAGUUUGAUACAUACAUGGACAUAUUUUCAUAUUAAAU